UUUCGCGGUGCGCAUCCGCGGAGGCCCGGCCUGGGAGGGCUCCGGAUCCGGCUGCGAGAUGAGCCUGGGGCCAUGAGAGGUGAUAGUUACAAGCUGCACAGCUGAUUAAAUAGCAGAGGAGAUUAGAACCCAGGUUUCCGGCCUCCCAAGAUUGUUAAACAUGAGUCUACGGAAGCAAACCCCUAGUGACUUCUUAAAACAAAUCAUCCGACGGCCAGUUGUGGUGAAACUAAAUUCUGGAGUGGAGUAUCGAGGGGUCCUGGUCUGCCUGGAUGGCUACAUGAAUAUAGCAUUGGAACAGACGGAAGAGUAUGUAAAUGGACAGCUGAAGAAUAAGUACGGGGAUGCGUUCAUCCGAGGAAACAAUGUGCUGUAUAGAAGCACCCAGAAGAGAAGGAUGUGAAGACACCAGGAAGCAGCUCUCCUUAGAGUUGGAUAGAAUUUGUUAUGAAGUGUUUUGUUUUGUUUUUUGUU